CUCUGCCAGCCGCCAUGGCGCGGGAAGCGGCGGGCGGCGCAGCGGGGCUGCUGCUGGCGGCUCAGGCUCAGUUAGCGGCGCGGCGGCUGUCGGCGGCAGAGGAGCUUUAUAACCGCUUUAUUGCUCUGUGCGCGGGACCCGCCUCUGCCGCCCGCGACCUCGCCACCGCCUUCAAUGACCGGGGCCAGAUCAAGUACUUGCGAGUGGAAUUCGCCGCCGCCAUGGAGGACUAUACGGCUGCUAUCGCCUACCAGCCUGGCUUCGAAGUGCCCUACUACAACCGGGGCCUGGUGCUCUACCGGCUGGGAUGCUUUGAUGAGGCCAUGAAAGAUUUCAGAAGAGUGUUAGAGUUAAACCCCCAGUUUGAAGAUGCUGCAUUAAGCCUAAAACAGGCUAUCCUUGAUAAAGAAGAAAAACAAAAGCGGGGUUAUUGAAAAUGCAACUCGUGGUGUGAAAAUGUUUUGCUAAUUGUUUUGUUGGUGGUGGAUGAAAGACAAGAUUGUUUACAUUUGUUAUAGUGAAGAAACUUCAUUCUUGGGUAAAUAAGUUAUAAAUGGAUUAUGAUUGCAAAAUAAACUGAGGAAAAGCAUAGUGUUAGACCUCUGGGAGACACUUCACAGAUUUUGUACAGAAACAGUUCAUGAAGAUGUUGGAAGCUUGGUAACAGCAAAU